CGGAGGAGGAGGAGGCGGCGGCGGCGGCGGCGGCGGCCGGUAGCGGUGCUGGGUUGCGGCCGGGGGAGCUUUGUCACAGAACAAGAGGAAGCCAUGGUGUGCAUUCCUUGUAUUGUCAUUCCCGUUCUCCUCUGGGUCUACAAGAAAUUCCUGGAACCCUACAUCUACCCCGUUAUCGCGCCUUUCAUUAAGCGCGUCUGGCCCAAGAAAGCCGUGGAAGAAACAACAGCCAUGAAACAAGGUCAAGGAGGCAGCGCUGGAAAUCCGCGGGCACCUUCAGCCAGGAAAAGAGAUCAAGAGGAUGAGUUCGGAAUUUAUACAUUCGAAAGCAAUGGGGUUGCAAAUGGAAUUGCCACAAAGAGAUCCACAGAGGUUUCUGACAAGAAAACGGAUUAAAAGAAUUCAUUCCUGAGGAUUUUAUUCCCUUGUGUCCAAUAUGAACUGGUGAUAUUUCUCUCACUUUGAGACUUUUUUUUUUCUUUGCACAUUGAAGCUGAAUAAAAACCCUUAUCACUUACCAGGAGAGGGUCUCUCUUGCCACUAAAUUGGCAGCUCGCACAUUUCUUAAUUUAAAAUGUUUGAAAACUGAUGUUCUUGAUUUUCCUCACUGGAACUACUUUUAAUCUAUAAUCUGUUUGGUGUGAUUAGAGUUUAGGUUAAAUAAGUUAUGAAUAAAUAUAGCUUUGGAAGGUGUAUUUAUCUCAGCAUAUUAGUUUCGCUCACUGCCAGCGCCAUACUGCAGGCUUUCACCUUAAAAGCUAUACCUCUUCUUGACCUCGCUAACGAACUCUGAAUUGCAUUGUGGCAACAUAAGCAUCAUGAAAAUUAUGGAGCAUCAUGUUAAAUUAUGAAGAGUUUAGAUUUUUGAUGUCAAAAUCAGUGGAUGAGCUAAAGCAGUCAUGCUGUACGCAAAAUUUACUUAGCUUACUAAAAGCAGAAAGUCUUCAGUGGAUACUUCCAUUAAUUAUUUUCCUUGAAACAUUGUGCCUUUCUUUCCCGAAGAGGAGCAGCACGGGCAUGAUGCGAGAGAAUUGUUGCUUUAUAUUCUGUUGCGGUGGUUUAAAAUGGUGCAGUCUUAAAAAAAAACAAGAACAAAACAACAACAACAAAAAAAAAAACCCCAAAAAAAACCCCAAAAAACCCAAUUAAAACCUCUUUAACAUGCUUGUGUAAUUUGAAUUAUAAUAAACCAGGAUUUUAUUUAAAAAUAAGUUGCUUCAUACAAUUGUUCUUCGGCUUCUGAGCUAUAAAUAUCUCUAAAGUGGUACGAAAAUCUUUAAAAACCUGCAGACAGGCUCCAGGCAGAGGGAGGUGAUAAAACUACUGACUUUUCAGGAUAAAGUGAGCGUUGCCUGCUCCUGGGAAGACAUGUUCUGGUACUGACUCGCAUCCCAACACGGCAGCGCGGUUGUGAAGUGUUUUGGAUGUCCCUGUGCUUAUUAAGGAAGAGAAGUGGUAAUUCCUGCUUCGUCCUCUCCGUCAAACCAGAGCGCUCUUCAGAAGACUCGAACCGAAAUAAUUCUGGCAAUUUUGGGUUGUUAUUUAGGAUUUAUCAUUUUCCGCAAAGUCCUUUUUUCAUGCGCAGUCCUUGAACUGUCACUAAGGUCCAGUCUUGUUCUUGCAACCAUGUUUUUUCCUACCAGAUAAUUAAUUAGUCUGAAGACUUGUUUGAUCCCCACCAAAUGCCGCUGGUGAGGCGUAUUAUUUCCUCCCACUGUCCGGUUUUGUCAGGUCUUGUGUGAAUUGAUCGGCAAUGCUCACAGCCCUGUUUGUUACACCCGUUACUUCUGUAAUGAGCUGAAUCACAGAAAACUCCUUGUAAGACGCCGUUUGCUCUCCCUUAAUGACCUAGUCUGUUAGGAAGUGAAUUCGGUUUUGCUGUUUAAUCAGCUUUUGCAUCAUCCUUGGAACAUAAUCCCCCAUCACAGACAGAGCUUUCCCCUAGACGGGUGACGUAUCUACCCUUUGUGAUAUUAAAGCCUGCUUUUAUUACUCUGAGCAUGCCCGCAUGGUAUAAUUCAUACAAUAAAAGCGAACAAUACUAACUAUG